AUGAACAAAAACAUAAAAAUUCAGGCUGUAAAAGUGAAAAACUACACGCCGUCUUUUCAGGAAGUAUGGAAGAAGUUCAAAGACAUUACAAAGAGCAUAGCUUUCUCUCUUGUACUUGAUCUUUUUCCAAUUACUCCAAUGGAAAUGAAAGGCUUAAAAGAUAUCCUAAAAGUAGUCGAGCCUUUUUAUCAGUUUCCUAGUGAAAAGCAGUUGCUGGAAGUCAUCAUCCCUCAAAUGUAUGAUCAAGUUAAGAAAAAGAUGUCUUUAACCAUAAAAAAUGACCUCAAAGGCGUCAAUGCAAUAGCUUUAACGAUAGAUGGUUGGACUGGUAGAUGUAUCGCAGACCAUAUGACAGUUUCAGUGCAUUAUUGGACUGAAAAUUUUGAACCAAGGCACUUUUUAUUGCAGCUCGAAAGCUUACCAAAAACAUGGAAUACAGCUCAAGAUUUGUUUCACUUGAUACAAAAUGUUUUACUUAAGUACGAAUUUUCAGAAGAGAAGACCAAUAUUCACAUUGUCACAGCAAACGGAUAUAACAUAGUAAAAGCUGUUUCCAUGAAUGAUAAAUGGGUUAGAAUACCUUGUUUUGCGCGCCUUCUUCAAUUAACCGUUGAUGAUGUAUUGAAGAAUUUCAAUGACUUUAAUAAUUUAGUGACAAAGUGUCAUCUCCUAGUUUCUGCUGUAUGGUCGAGGACGUCGUUAGACACGGCACCAAAUAAGUCGUAUCUCCAGUCAUCUAGUAUAUUAGAUGAAAUUGUACCUUCGUGGAAUUCGAUUUAUGAAAUGUUUGACAAUUUAUUAAAAUUACGUACUACGCUUCAUAUAUUCUUACAAGAAUUGCCAUCACCUCCGGAAAAAUUAACAGAAGCAGAUUGGGAAUCGAUAUCUUGUUAUAUAGAAGUUUUUUCUUUAUUGAAGCAAGCUAGUACUUUAAUGAGCGAAGAAAUGUAUCCUCCGCUUUCUUUAUACCUUCCCACAAUACGUGGUAUUUUAGAAUUAAUGGAAUCCAUGAAUCUUAAUAAUCAGUUGUCCAUUCAACUCAUUAGAUCGAUGUGCUCAAGAUUUGGUCAUAUUAAUACAAAUGAAUCUAUGAUUAUUGCAAUGGUAGUUGACCCAAGAUUCAAGACUCGACUUUUAUCAGAAGAUGAGAAUUUUACUGUAUUUGAUAUAGUUAAAAGUAAAAUGUUGUCUAUGAAUAUUAUUAACAAGGAAGUAAAAUAUAAGACGGAUAAGAUCAAUAAUUCUACGGACAUGCUCUUGGAGGCAUAUUUUAUGAAUAUCAAGAAAGAAAAGGAUUUAGAUACAUCGUCUGAGAAAAUGGCAGAGGCUGAACUGACAUACUAUUUAUGUGAAAAUGUAGUUUCAAUGAAUACUGUGAUAAGCGAGUGGUGGAAGGAUAAUUCAAAUCGUUUUCCAAAGCUGUCUCAAUUAGCAAAAAUAUACUUGUCUAUUCCAGCUGUACAAGUUAGUACCGAGCGAGCUUUUCCUAAUAAGCAAGGCUUCAUUGCCGAUACAAGAGCUGAUAUAUUAACAGAUCAAGUAAAUGUUUUAGACCUAAUGAGAAUUAGUUUUCUCAAUAAUAAUUUAAGUCAAUUUGAGGCUGAUGUAUGUCUGUAAUUAAUCAAACUCAAGUUCUUUCUAAUUUAUAAUUUUAAAGUAAGAAAUUUUAAGUUAUUAAAAGAAAAUUUCGAAAAUACUUCAGAAUAUAUGUAAGAGUUAGGUGCCAUAUUUGCGUUACUAUGGAAACAACACGAAAGGAAAUACAAAGAAAUUUAAUAUUUUUGUGAUUUAAAAUAUUAUGCAAGCUGGAUAAUGCUGUUUAAUUGAAGUUUAAUUAUUAAAAGUUAUAAAAUAAAAAAAUGUGAAGUACUGUA